UAAGAACUUUGAUGAAAACUUGUUUACCUUUCGCAUCUGUCUUCUGUCAGUAAGUCAGCUUCAUAAAGGAUAGGGUACAGAUAAAUUGUUCCUUAACUGCAGUGGAAGAAUAAUUAGUUGAGAAUUGUGAAGAGAUUUUUUGUUCGAGCAUAUCGUAUUUCAGAAUAACAGUGCCCUCCAAUAUGCUGCUGACACUAACAGAUGACCACAAAAAGCAUUUAAGUUUGUUGAUUGCUCAAACUCCUCAAGGCAUGUAGGACACCUCAAUUACUGGGCUGUGUCAGAACACUGAGAGACAGUAUACAGGACAUAGUGGAUCUCAUCACUGGUGAUUCACCAAUCUUUCCAACAUCCAUCCCAAGAUCAUUGUCAGCUGAAUGGACAACCUGUCCUAUAAUGGAACGCAAAAUGCCACUUGACCAAGAGGGACAGCUAUGCAGCCCUGCAGACAUUUGAAUGCAACUCACCAGCAGAAAGUGUAAUAGCCUCUAACAUGGAAGGAACAAAAUACCACUAUAUAUUAAGAAAAGUUCUGCAAGACUUCUGCAAGCUGGCACUGGACUUCCUACGUAAAGGUGCAAACAUGAAGUUGUACCAUACUGCUGCAAAUAAACUUGGGGUUCAGCCCGAAGCAAUACGAAAUGUUGUUGAGGGACUUGUCAACCUGCUUGUAGAAAGCAGUAAACAUGAGCUUACUGCAGCUGACUUUAAGGACACUCUAGUAACACUGGGGUUUACUGACCAGCAUCAAGAAGUGCUAUGUUCAUUUUAUGAAGGAGUGAAGUCUGAGAUCAGAGAUGUUCUCUCUAAUAUGACAGUUAGUCUUCCACAUUAUAAAAAUCUUGAAUGGAGGUUUGAAGCUCAAGUAGCAUCAAGAUCAUUAAUGCAACAGGUAACUCCCCUUAUAACAAUGAAUCUUACAUUGACAGAAGCUGGUAAGGGUGAUAACAAUAUUUGCCUUCAAACAGAUCCAAAUAAUUUACUUCAUAUUACACAAGUACUUGAAGAAGCCCUCCGUGAAGCAAAGAGUCAGCACACACGCAGGGUUUUACGGAGCUUUAAAUAGAAAAUAUCCUGUUUGCUCUCUCUCACACCUGUUUACAGUGCUUUCAUAUUGAAAGCAAAUAUGUUGCUAACUGUGGAGCUUACAGACCAGAAUUACAUGCAUAUUCUUACAGAAGAUUUGGUGCCAAAGAGAAAUGACAUGAUUUGGAUAAAGUUCUGAUUGCUGGAAGCAGUACAGUUAUUGCAGUUUGUCUGGUAUCUGAAAUCAAAUGAGCAAGAGAUAAAUUACAUAUGUUAGAAUUAAUGGACAAUACUUUCCAGUGUUUUGCUCACAUUGUUACAUGCAUAAUUGUUUUCGUCUUUUUUUAGGUUUCAAAUGCUGUAAAGCGUAUAUAUUCCAAAUAAAAUAUAUACUUUUUGUUUUUA